AUGCAGCUUCACACGGCUACACAUGAAAAGCUGCAGCUGAAUCAUAUGCAUUGAUGUUUCAUACUACCAGUCAUAAGUCAGUACCAGUCAAGUGCAUUCUAACUGACUUUGUGCAAUUGUCGAAUACUGAUAUCAGAACUAGUUCACCUUGAUAAGCUCCUAGCAGUGAUGCUAUACGCACCAAGGGGAAGCAACCUGCUGAAAUUGCCUGUGCAGCGGUCAUGGCCACAUCCAUCGGUUCGUAUGUGUUUUUCGAUUUGGAAACCACCGACCUACCGGGACUGAAGACUCCCAAAAUAACGGAAAUCUCACUGAUUGCCUGCUCCAAGCAACAUUUGCUAGAAACGAGACAAGGUGACCUGCCAAGGGUGCUGCACAAACAAACACUAUGCCUGAACCCGCAACGUAUCAUCCACCCGAGGGCAUCGGAACAAACUGGAUUGUACAACGAUCUCUUGGAGCAUGAAUCUAAAUUUGACGAUAAAACAGCUAAACUUAUUCUGUUGUUUUUGGAACGUCUGCGUGGUCCCUGCUGCCUUGUUGCUCACAACGGCAAUCGUUUUGAUUUUCUUAUUCUCAAAAGAGAAUUCGAGAGUUUAAAUAUUAAGCUUCCGGAAGAAACGUAUUGCAUAGAUUCGCUGCAGCUUUUUCAGGAACUGGAAAAGUUCCGAGAGAAUCAGACUAAGAGCAUCCAACAAAAUGAGCACAACGAGUUGAUUGAUCUAGAAGUAACGGCCUUAACGGCAAUGGAAGAGCUCGAAGGAACCGAUGGCACUCUCACACAGAUGCAGAAAAUCAAUGAAACCACUCCUCAAAGAUGCACAAAACUGAGCGAAAACUAUAAACGAGCCCUACGAUCUUACCUGGAUGUAACUCCUUCACAAGAAUGCACAACUGCUAGCGACAACAAUCGGGCAAGUCCCCCCCGAUCCAAACGACAGCUGUUCCCGGAUGAAGGGGAAAACUCAAAGGAUAAACCGCAGCCUAAAACCCAGGAGACCCCAGCGACCAACAAACCAGUACGGAAAAGGUUCCGUUUGUGUGACGUCUACGAAAGAUAUUACGGAACACCGCCCAAAAUAUCCCAUUACGCCGAGGCAGACGUUAAAGCCCUGCUAAAGUGUGCCAUUGCGGAUGCUAAAGCAUUCGUACACUAUUCGGAACAAAAUUGCGUUAGACUUUGCGAUGUUACUGGAAAGAUAUGAACUGGUUGUGGAGCCGCUAAGAUUCCUUUAUUUUCUAUAUUUUUAUUUUAGAUUGUUUGUGUUGAAUGUCGAGUUGUUUCUAAAGUUUUGUAAUGUAACAUGUGAUGUCUCAAAAUUAACUUGAAGUAAUACGGUUAGACUGUCUAAAAUUUCCAAGCAAUUUUAUUUUAUAGAAAAUGUCAUUCGGAAAAGUUGUAUUGAUAAGCAUUUGAAAAAAGAAAUAAAAUAUGGUACAGAAUUCCACUUGAUUGAAA